GGCUGCACGGCUCGUUCUCGCGAGAGCGGAGCGCGGCGCUGGGUGGCCGAGGCGGCUGGCUGUGGCUGCUGCAGGAGCGUCAUGGAAGCUCUCGGCGACUACGUUUGGCCGCGGGCCACCUCCGAGCUCAUCCUCCUCCCGGUCACGGGUCUGGAGUGCGUGGGGGACCGGCUGUUGGCGGGUGAGGGUCCUGAUGUCCUGGUCUACAGCUUGGACUUCGGUGGGCAUCUGCGGAUGAUGAAGCGUGUGCAGAACCUGCUUGGUUACUAUCUUAUCCAUGGGUUCAGGGUGCGGCCAGAGCCCAAAGGGGACCUUGACUCAGAGGCCAUGAUUGCUGUGUUUGGGAGCAAGGGACUUCGCGUUGUGAAAAUUAGCUGGAGCCAAAGCCAUCUCCGCGAGCUCUGGCGCUCUGGCUUAUGGAACAUGUCUGACUGGAUCUGGGAUGUACGCUGGCUCGAGGGCAAUGUGGCUUUGGCCCUGGGCCAUAACUCAGUGGUGCUGUAUGACCCAGUGAUAGGGUGUAUGCUACAGGAUGUGCCCUGCACAGACAGGUGCACCCUCUCCUCAGCCUGCCUGAUUGGAGAUACCUGGAAGGAGCUGACCAUAGUGGCUGGUGCUGUUUCCAACCAGCUCCUGGUCUGGUACCCAGCAGCUGCUCUAACAGAUAACAAGCCCGUGGCGCCUGACCGGCGGGUCAGUGGACAUGUGGGCGUCAUCUUCAGUAUGUCAUACCUGGAAAGCAAGGGCUUGCUGGCCACCGCUUCAGAAGACCGAAGUGUCCGUAUCUGGAAGGUGGGCGACUUGCGGGUUCCUGGGGGUCGGGUACAGAAUAUUGGGCACUGCUUUGGACACAGUGCACGUGUGUGGCAGGUGAAGCUCUUAGAGAAUUAUCUUAUCAGUGCUGGAGAGGACUGUGUCUGCUUGGUGUGGAGCCACGAAGGAGAGAUUCUCCAAGCCUUUCGGGGCCACCAGGGCCGCGGGAUCCGGGCCAUAGCUGCUCAUGAGAGGCAGGCCUGGGUGAUCACUGGGGGCGAUGACUCAGGCAUCCGACUGUGGCACCUGGUAGGACGUGGGAACCCGGGCUUAGGGGUCUCAGCUCUCUGCUUCAAAUCUCCUAGCCGGCCAGGUGCCCUCAAGGCUGUGACACUAGCUGGAUCUUGGCGACUACUGGCAGUAACUGAUACUGGGGCCUUGUACCUCUAUGAUGUCGAGGUCAAAUGCUGGGAACAGCUGCUAGAGGAUAAGCGAUUUCAGUCUUACUGUCUAUUGGAAGCAGCGCCUGGUCCCGAGGGCUUUGGACUCUGUGCCUUGGCCAAUGGGGAGGGACGCAUCAAGGUUGUCCCCAUCAACACUCCCACUGCUGCUGUGGACCAGACCCUGUUUCAUGGGAAGAUCCACAGCCUGAGCUGGGCUCUGCGUGGCUUCGAGGAGCUCCUGUUGCUGGUCUCAGGCCCUGGUGGGGUAGUGGCCUGCUUGGAGAUCUCAGCUUCACCCUCUGGCAAGGCCAUCUUUGUCAAGGAACGUUGCCGGUACCUGCUUCCCCAGUGCAAGCAGAGAUGGCACACGUGUAGUGCUUUCCUGCCCACAGGUGACUUCUUGGUCUGUGGGGACCGCCGUGGCUCUGUGCUACUGUUCCCUGCCAGACCAAGUCUGCCCAAGGAUCCUGGGGCUGAAGGCAAGCUUUUGGCUCUGACUGGGGCUGAGACACCCGGAGCAGGUGGUGGCAGUGGUGGUGAUGAGAAUGCUGCCACUGGGUUGGGCCCAGUUUCUACCCUCCAUUCUCUGCAUGGGAAGCAGGGUGUGACAUCAGUCACUUGCCAUGGUGGCUAUAUAUACAGCACAGGCCGCGAUGGUUCCUACUACCAGCUUUUUGUACGUGAUGGCCAGCUCCAUCCAGCCCUAAGGCAGAAGUCCUGCCGAGGCAUGAACUGGGUGGCUGGGCUUCGCAUAAUGCCUGAUGGGAGCAUGGUCAUCUUGGGUUUCCAUGCCAAUGAAUUUGUGGUGUGGAGCCCCCGGUCACAUGAAAAGUCACACAUCAUCAACUGUGGCGGGGGACACCGCUCCUGGGCCUUCUCUGACACUGAGGCGGCCAUGGCUUUUGCCUACCUCAAGGAUGGGGAUGUCAUGCUCUAUCAGGCCCUAGGUGGCUGCACUCGGCCACAUGUGAUUCUCCGUGAGGGUCUGCAUGGCCGUGAAAUCACUUGUGUUAAACGUGUGGGCACUGUCACCCUGGGCCCCGAGUUUGAGGAACCCAGUCUUGAGUACCCUGACUACCUGGAACCUGGCAGUGAGGGGCCUGGCCUGAUUGACAUCGUGAUCACAUGCAGUGAGGACACUACUGUCUGUGUCCUAGCACUCCCCACGACCACAGGCUCAGCUCACGCACUCACAUCUGUCUGUAACCAUCUCUCCUCGGUGCGUGCCGUGGCAGUUUGGGGCACUGGCACUCCAAGUAAUCUCAAGGAUCCUCAAGCAGGUCUGACUGCCCAUGUAGUGUCUGCAGGAGGUCGUGCUGAAAUGCACUGUUUCAGUAUCAUGGUCACUCCUGACCCCAGCACCCCAAGCCACCUUGCCUGCCAUGUCAUGCACCUCUCAUCCCACCGGCUAGAUGAGUACUGGGACCGGCAGCGGAAUCGGCAUCGGAUGGUCAAGGUGGACCCUGAGACCAGGUAUAUGUCCCUCGCUAUUUGUGAACUGGACCUUGACCGGCCUGGCCUUGGCCCCGUUGUGGCUGCAGCCUGUAGUGAUGGAGCAUUGAGGCUCUUUCUCUUGCAGGACUCUGGGCGAAUUCUGCAGCUCCUUGCUGAAACUUUCCACCAUCAGCGCUGUGUCUUAAAGGUCCACUCCUUUACCCAUGAGGCCCCCAACCAGCGGCGGAGGCUGUUCUUAUGCAGUGCAGCUACAGAUGGCAACCUGGCCUUCUGGGAUCUUACCACCCUGCUGGAUCGUGGCUCUACUGCCCUGGAGCCUCCAACACAGCCUGGCCUUCCCUACCAACUGGGCACUCCCUGUAUGACACUCCAGGCCCACAGCUGUGGUGUCAACAGCCUACAUACUUUGCCCACACCUGAGGGCCACCAUCUCGUGGCCAGUGGCAGUGAGGAUGGCUCCCUCCAUGUCUUUGUGCUUGCUGUGGAGAUGCCAGAGCUGAAAGAGGCUGUUGGAGAGGGUGAGCUGGUGCCCCAGCUGCGCAUCCUAGAGGAAUACUCUGUCCCCUGUGCACAUGCUGCCCAUGUGACAGGCCUCAAGAUCCUGAGCCCAAGCCUUAUGGUCUCAGCCUCCAUUGACCAGCGGCUGACCUUCUGGCGUCUAGGGCAUGGUGAGCCCACCUUCAUGAAUAGCACUGUGUACCAUGUGCCAGAUGUGGCUGACAUGGACUGCUGGCCUGUGAGCCCUGAGUUUGGCCACCGCUGUGCUCUUGGGGGCCAGGGACUUGAGAUUUACAACUGGUAUGAUUGAGGUGUCUCCAUGGCUGGUGUGCUGGGCAUGGGGACUACUUACAGACAGUGGAGCAGGGAUCAACUGUCUGUUCAUUACCCUCAAUGUGCCAGAAGCAGUACUGUGGUUCCAGACUCCAGAGUCAGAGCUAGAUGUGAGUAGUGUUGCAUAGGUGGACCAAGAAUUCGCUCUACUCUCCACAACAGGAGAAAACUUUGUAACAGAAGCAAUUUAUUUUGGUUCCAAACUCCUAACAUCUGUGGGGUUUGUUUUUUCCAGUUGAUUUUGUAAACAUUCCCUGCUAUCAGGCCCUUAGAUGUGGCUCAGUGGAGGGAGACCCAGCAUAGCCAGGCCUGUGUGGAACACCUCACGAAUGGCCCUUAGAAGCUGCAGGCGGGCAAACAUCUGACCAAAGAGGUGUGGCCGAGGCUCCUAGAGGAAAAAUGGACCUGCUGGUCUCACCAUUUCCCUUGUGUUUACCCUGUGGCCCCCAUACCCCACACACCCUUUUUUUUUCUGUGUGCUCACCCCUAGCACGUGUAUCCGGUUAUAGUAGGAGCUGAAAUCCAUGCUGAGUUGCACUAGGAACUUGCACACCUAGAAUCAGAGACUGAGUCACUGGCUUGUGUUCUUGCUUUUGUGUCCCAGUUCACAAAUAAAGAGUAGUGUGUUCAGCGUC